UGCCAUGCGUGUCGGUUUAGGAGGGGCCGGUGCUGGGAGCAGUGGGAGCCUACGACUGGUCUGGUGGGAUAUAUUUAUAUGGGACCAGUGGGGAGCCGAGCUUCAUCAAUGUGUCCAGAACCUCCAGCGACAUGGAUUAUGCUUACCUGGGUUAUUCAUCUCAGGUCAUCACCGCCCGUGGGCAGAGCAGCUACGUGGUCGGGGCCCCUCGCUACCAGCACGUCGGCAAAGUCGUCCUGUUCAGCCAAGAUACCAGCAGCGGGCAAUGGGCAGCCAGCUGGGAGAAGGACGGGGAGCAGAUUGGCUCGUAUUUCGGGGGUUCGCUGUGCGCUGUGGACCUCAACAGCGAUGGGAAGACGGACCUGGUUCUGAUCGGAGCCCCCACGUUCUAUACACCUCUGAAUGGAGGGCAGGUGUAUCUCUGCUCAGUUAGCCGGCAGGGGGCGACGCUGAUCUGCACCAAGACCCUGCAGGGGCAGUCUGGACAGGCGUUGGGGCACUUCGGGGCCAGCAUGUCUGAAAUCGGGGACAUCAGUGGGGACGGACAGACGGACGUGGCCAUCGGGGCCCCCAUGGAGAACGACAACCGUGGGGCCUUGUACAUCUUCCAUGGGGAAAAGAGAGGCCUCAGUCCCCAGUACAGACAGCGCAUAGAGGGGGCGCAGUUCCCCAGCAGGCUGCACUACUUUGGCCAGGCCGUCAGUGGCGGGACAGACCUGACGGGGGAUGGGCUGCCGGACAUCGCGGUGGGAGCACGAGGCCAGGUCCUGCUGCUGAGGUCUCGGCCAGUGCUCAGAGUCGGGGUGUCCAUCAACUUCCAGCCCCCCAUGAUCCCCACCUCAGCCUUCGACUGCCAGGAGCAGGGGCAGCUCAACAUGGAGGCCAGCAUGUCAGAGAUCUGCUUCACCAUCACAAAGAGCACCAGGGACAGCCUAGGUAACAGGAUCUCCAGCACCAUCCAGUACAGCCUGGCCCUGGACCCCGGGCGGAGGAAGAUCCGAGCUGCCUUCGGCUCCACCGGCCCCGUCCUGAGCAGGGAGCUGAAACUCGGCAUUGAACGGAGAUGUGAGACACACCCGAUAAUGUUACCUCUCUGCCCUGAGGACACCCUGACCCCCAUCACUCUGCGCCUCAACUACACCCUGACGGGGGAGCCCAUCGCUAACACCAACGGUCUCAGACCCAUCCUGAGCGAGGACUCCGCACUAGUGCCGGCAGGCUUGCUCCCGUUUGAGAAGGACUGUGGGGAGGACAAAGUCUGCACUGAUGAACUACACAUUUCCUUCAAUUUCUCAGGUGUGAGCACCUUCGUGGUGGGCGUCACCCCUGAACUCAACAUCACCGUCUCCAUCCAGAACCGCGGGGAGAAUUCCUACAGCACCACAGUGCGGUUCUUCUACCCGGCCGCACUGUCCUACCGCCGGGUCCUGCUGCUACAAUCUAACAGGAGGACCAUGGCCAUUAAGUGCAGCUCAGCAGUGAGCUCGGAGGAGCAGACUCAGAGGAACAGCACCUGCCACAUCAACCCCCCCAUCUUCUGGAGCGGAGCCGAGGCCGUCUUCCUCGCCACCUUUGAUGUCUCCUCUGAGGCCGACCUGGGGGACAGGCUGGAGAUGAUGGUCAGCGCCAGCAGUGACAACGGCGGCCCCGUCACCGAGCGCAUGGUUCACCGGGCGGAGCUUCCGGUCAAGUACGGCAUCUUCAUCAUCCUCACCAGCCUCGAGGAGUCGACCAAGUACGUCAACUUCUCCGCCAAGGCGGCAGAGACAAGCGCGCCAGUGACACAUCGGUACGAGGUGAAGAACCUGCGGCAGCGAAGCGUCCCCCUGUCGGUCACGUUCCAGUUCCCCGUGGAGCUGAGCGGGGUCCGUGUGUGGGACGCCUCUGAGGUCGUCCCCUCCAAGGUGGCCCUAUGA